GAUGAGACGACAGUGCAGGUGCUGCGGGACCUGGCCAACCGCCUGCGCAUUCAUUUCAUCAAGGCUACAUGUGCUUCAAGCUCAGGCCACCCUACAUCAUGUAGCAGUGCUGCCGAGAUCAUGUCUGUGCUGUUCUUCCACACGAUGAAAUAUAAACAGUCAGACCCAGAGAACCCAAACAACGACCGGUUCAUCCUUUCAAAGAGGCUGUCAUUUAUCGAUAUGGCAAUAGGAUGGUUUGGGCAAGGACUGGGAGCUGCAUGCGGGAUGGCAUAUACUGGCAAGUACUUUGACCGCGCCAGCUACCGAAUCUACUGCCUCCUUGGAGAUGGCGAGUCCUCAGAAGGCUCUGUCUGGGAGGCAUUGGCCUUUGCUGCCUGCUAUGGUCUGGAUAAUCUCGUGUUGAUCUUUGAUGUGAACCGCCUGGGACAUGGUGGCACCUUGCCUGUUGAGCACUGCAUAGAGGUCUAUCAGAAACGCUGCGAAGCUUUUGGGUGGAAUACUUAUGUGGUGGAUGGCCGUGAUGUGGAGGCACUAUGCCAAGUAUUCUGGAAGGCAGCUCAUGUGAAGGGCAAGCCCACUGCUGUGGUUGCCAAGACCUUCAAGGGCCGGGGCAUGCCGAAUGUUGAGGAUGCAGAAAGUUGGUAUGGAAAACCAAUGCCAAAAGAAAGAGCAGAUGCAAUUAUUAAGUUAAUUGAGAGCCAGAUACAGACCAAUAGGAGUCUUAUACCAGACCCUCCUCUUGAAGACUCACGUAAAAUCAUCAUUGGAGAUAUAAAAAUGGCCUCUACACCUGUUUACAAAAUUGGUGACAUGAUGUCUACUAGAAAAGCAUGUGGUUUGGCUCUGGCUAAAUUGGGCCGUGAAAAUGAGAGAGUCAUUUUGCUUGAUGGUGACACCAAAAACUCUUCCUUCUCUGAGAUAUUCAAGAAAGAACAUCCUGAGAGGUUCAUUGAGUGUUUCAUUGCUGAGCAAAACAUGGUGAACGUGGCACUGGGCUGUGCCAUCCGUAAUCGGACCAUUCCUUUUGCUAACACCUUUGCUGCCUUUUGGACCCGAGCGUAUGAUCAGAUCCGCAAGGGAGCUAUGUGUCAAAUAAACCUCAAUCUUAUUGGAUCCCCCUGUGGGGUAGUCACUGGUGAAGAUAGCCCCUCCCAGAUGGCCCUGGAGGACCUGGCCAUGUUCCGAGCAAUUCCCAACUGCACUAUUUUCUAUCCAAGUGAUGCAGUCUCCACAGAGCAUGCUGUUUAUUUGGCAGCCAAUACCAAGGGAUUAUGCUUCAUUCGGGCUAGCCGUCCAGAAACUGCAGUAAUUUACAGACCAGAAGAAAUCUUUAGUAUUGGACAGGCCAAGGUUGUUCACCAGAGUGUCAAUGACAGGGUCGUAAUUAUUGGAGCUGGAGUGUGCCUGCACGAAGCCUUACUGGCUGCUGCCGAGCUCGCUAAAGAAGAUAUUCAUGUCCGUGUCAUUGACCUAUUUACCAUCAAACCCCUGGACUCAAGCACUAUCCUUAUCAAUGCAAAGGCCACAGGUGGCCGAAUUAUCACGGUAGAGGAUCACUACCCAGAAGGUGGCAUUGGGGAAGCUGUGUGUGCCGCUGUUGCCAUGGAGAAUGACAUCCUGGUUCAGCAGCUGACUGUAUCAGGAAUGCCUCGGAGCGGGAGGACUGAUGAACUGCUGGAUAUGUUUGGAAUUAGUGCCCGACACAUCAUCAUGGCCGUGAAAUGCAUUUUAACAUACUAA